AUGGGUCAUCGGCGAAAGAAGAGGACUCAUGCUGAAUUGGAUGAGAGUAGUCUGCGGCGCAUUCCACGUUCCAUGGUAUUUAAGAUAGGUAGUGUAACGAAGUCUGUUAAGAAAUUAUCUCGUGACAUACGUAGGAUGGUUUUACCUUGGACGGCGUCGAAUUUGGAGGAGAGGAAGAAAGCGAGUAUUAAGGAUUACUUGCACGUGGGUGGAAUGUUGCAUAUAUCACAUAUGUGGGCCAUGUCUCAGCCCAAGGUUGGUGUGCGGCUGACGAUCUGCAGAACCAAAGGUGGUGAGGGUCCUACAGGUGUCUUUGAUGUAGUCAAUUAUGCCCUUUCAGCAGAUGUGAGACGGACACAAUUUCAAAGUCGCUCGACCCUCAACGACUUCAAGCAGCCACCCAUUAUGGUAACCCAAGGCUUCAAGAAACCUAUCGAUAAUAACGUACAUCCCGACCAGCUCGCUAAAGUCUCACUACUUUUCGCUUCCAUGUUCCCCGCUGUCAGCGCUUCAGAAACUCCUACUCGACGACUGGUCAUUGUAUGCUACGCAGGCGCUAGGACAUUCGACAUACGGCAUUACGUCGUACUCAACAACCAUGCACGCAACCAUGCACGCACUCAACGAAACAACGUAAGAACUAAACGACAAAAAUUAGAACGCCCCAAACAAGAAGUCAAGGAAGAAUUACUUGAGGAAGAUGAUGACCAUAAAAAACAACUUGCCAAUCAAAUGGAACUCAUCGAACUUGGACCAAGACUCACUCUCCAACUAGCCCAAGUACAUGACGGCGUAUUCAACAAUAUAAAACUUAGUCAAGAAGUACUCAGUCCGGAAGUACCCACAAACAAUUCAUCAGACGCAGUCGUUGCCGACACCCAGGUAGCAGACGACCACUCCUCAGACAGCGACCACCACUCACACCCGUCUGAUGAUGACCACUCUGGUGAUGCAGACGGCUCAGGCGAUGACCAUUUCGAUGACAACGACUCUGAUGAAGACCACUCUGGUGGUGACGAUGACCACUCAUCCGCCGACUCCGCGGAUGAUGGUGCUUCUACAGUAGACCAGUCAAAUUCGGGUUGUGAUGAGUAA